AUGACGUUCCCAACCUCCUACAAGCCCCAGCGGGAGCCGAAGGCCAUGAAGCCUGACGCCCCGGAAUUCAUUCCGGGAGUCUCCGCAUAUGCGGGGGCCAUGAAGCCCAAGAAGUCCAAGGGCAACAAGAACUCGAAGUCGAGCCCAACAGCUGCAGCCACCCCUACCCCCACGGCCAAGGCAGGUCCCGUCACCCCCGGACUCCUCUCUGGCAGUGGUCCCGGCUCGCCUGUCACCCGAGAUGCCGACGUGGCGGCCGGAGGCGCGAGCUCCAGCUCCCAGCCGCAGCCGCAGGCCACGGAGGCGAGCCCCACAAAGGCCGCGAAGGGGCUCAGUGAGCUGUGCCGGGAGAAGCUCGGCAGCGGGGCAGCUCCGCAACCUGCAGCUGUUAGCAAACUGGGAAAGAACACCGGAGUGUGGGAGUUCGAGAAAGCUUUGAGCGACUCCGAGUGUGCAGCGGUGCUUUCGGCAGCCGAGCAACUGGGCUUCAACCUGGCGGAGCAGGAUCGAGCAGGAGGCCAUUGCAAGCUUGUCAGGGAGGACCCCUGGCUGGCCGACCAUCUGUGGCAGCGUGUCUCCGCAGCCGCACCCUCCCCCUUUGGCAGGAAGAGGGUAGCAGGAGUAUCUCCGACGCUCCGUGUGCAGCAUGGCUCCUUGGCAGAGGUCCAGUCCGAGAGCCUGGCCUUUUACCUGUGCCUGAAGAGUGCGAGCGGGGAGAAACUGCGGCCUGGGGACCUCUUCAUCCUUGCGCCGCAGAACCUGCCGGGAGACACUCCCUCUGCUUCCUGGCUUUGUGCCGAUCUUCGGCUCGAGAGCUCAUGGUGGGCAUCAGCUUCCCAGCGCUUGGGCUUCGGGGCUUUCAAUGAACGCCGCGGCGUGGUCUUACUACUGGUCACCACGGCAGCGGUUUCGCUGUUUGCCUAUUUCCUUGCCACGACAUCGAGCCAAUCCCUUCGAGAGAAGAUUCGGCUGGGACUUAGCUUUACAGCGCGACAAGCUCUUCCCGCUGUGACAAGCGAGGCCGCAUGGAUAUCACCCAGCCGCGAAAACAUCAACAGCACUGGUAGCCAGUAUGUUUCGCGCCAAGAUUCCACAACACCACUGCAGGUCCACUCAGAGAGUGAGUCAAGCCUCGGCGCAAGGACUAGUCUGCAGUUAGCAGCAGCAAGUGCCUCCAGCAGCCUUUCAACCAGUCUCCGCCCGUCCACUUGGCCGGAGGUCCGUAGCUCCACGACACACUCAGACACAACGCAAGCUGCCAAGAGCUCCCCGGGGAGUGAGCCGAGCCUCGGAGAAGAACAGGCGCAGCUGGGCUCACAGUGGCGGCCCCUGGCAGCUUCGGAUCGAUAUCGCUUCACCCCGCAGACCCUGCCACCUUUCCGAAAAUGUGAACAGGAAGAGCGCGGAAUGAAUCGCUGGAAACAAAAGCUGGACCAACGUGGCCUUAAAAUUUGCAGCGGCGGUGUUUCAAGCAUUGUAUGUGCACGAGAACUGGCAUCACCCAGGAUCUAUGUGUGCCAGUUCAACAACGUCUUGGAAGUGCUUGCUGGAGAUGGCACCUUGCGCUGGAUUGCCCAAUGCUCUUUGCAUAAAGACGUCGAUCUUUAUUCCUUGUUCAAGCCUUUGCAUCGCAGCCAUUUCCUGCACUUCCUCGAUGUUCGGAAAGACCUCGGGUCGCAGCAGCUCAGCAAAACCAUCACAGUCGUGCAGAGUAUCCCUGCUAAUGUCGACUUUGUUGAUCAUGUGCUGGCAUCUUUAAAGUUGCGUGCCCAGAAGCAAGCACCUACUCGCGAAGGGGUGACGUUCCUCUCUUCCGGCGACUGCAACACGGGCAACCCGGGGCAUUGCCAGGCCGAUCAGGACAACUUGUUCAUCGUGCAGCACAUUUUGCCGAAGACUUUUAGCAGAGAGGAGACCAGAGUGGUCCUUUACAACGGCUUUGGCCGAUCGAGAUAUUCGGCUCAGAAGGAAAGGCUGCCCCAUUUCUACGAGGACUGGCAGGCACUGUCCGCCGAGAUCGUUACUGCUUCCUACUCUGCAGAUUUUCCUUCCUUGAAGGUGAAGGCGGAGCCGUAUGUGCAGCUUGUGAGGUACCUGGUAUCUGGGCCUGCCGGAAUGACAGGGCCUCACUGGACCAGCCUGAAAGGCAGCUCCUGCUUGGGCCGGUCUCCUUUGCUUCUUGCGCAUCAGAUGGCUGCGUUGCCCUUCUUCGAGUCUAGAUGGGGGAGCAAUCCGGAUCGAUAUGGUGAUGCCUGCAACUUCCUGAAGAAACUCUCGGCUGAAUAUUCAUUGCACCUUCUGAACGGAGAGGCUUGCAAGAUCGAUGCAAGGCACAGCAACUUCUACCUGUGGAUUUCACGCGUCGAUCAGGACUGCUAUGGGCCGGCCCGUUUGACCAGCAGAUGCCGGAAUCGCCUCAAUCGUGGCGUCUCGAACGGCCUGGAGCUUGCAACCGAGUUGUCGAAACGCUACGCAGAUACUACCAUUCUAUACGUGAACACGGGAACCAUCCCCUACCUCGACCAAGUGUUCCUGAUACGCGCGGCGAGCACCAUCAUUGCAGCGCACGGCGGCGGCUUGUGGAAUGCGGCGCGCUGGCUGAACGAGGCGCUGCACCAGCGAAUCGUGGAGAUCGUGCCGAUAGGUUCUCCCGGCGAGACUUGUUCUCUCGCAAAGCUUUUCGGCGGCCGAUACAGCUGGGUCAAGUGUCAUGCUUGCAAGAACAAGCAGAAUGGAGAGCUGAAGUUUGAGGAAUUCUUUAAGGCGGUGGAUGCCGUUCAGAUUCGGAAGAGAGGUGAAGCGCUUGAGGGUCUUGUCAACGUCGUCGCUUUAAGCGCGAACCGGGGCUUGCUCCAGCAGAUGCUGUCCGGCGUGCUCCAGGCUUUUAUAUCCGCAUACCUUUUCACUUCAGCCUUCAGCCAGUCUAUUCGACAGAAGCUCCGCCUGGGACUGCACUUCAACGGGGCGCGCGCGCCUCCGGCGCCUCCUCCUUCACAAGCAUCUCCCAAGCCCGUCUCCACAACAAGCAAGGACACAGCGACAUCAUCCAGCCUCGACUUUAUGUCCACCACGCAGAGCCCGCCUGGUUUCCCAAGCUCCGCAACGCAAGGCACACUGCCGGCAGCUUCGGAUGGGCGAAGCUUCAGCUCUAGCACCUCGAGCGCCCUUUCAACCAGUCUCCGCCCGUCCACUUGGCCGGAGGUCCCCCCCCCCACGACACACUCAGACACAACGCAAGCUACCCAGAGCUCCCCGGGGAGUGAGCCGAGCCUCGGAGAAGAACAGGCGCAGCUGGGCAAACAGUGGCGGCCCCUGGCAGCUUCAGAUCGAUAUCGCUUCACCCCGCAGACCCUGCCACCUUUCCGACAGUGCGAGGAAGAACACCUGGGAAUGAGCCGGUGGAAGCAGAAGCUUCGUGGACAUGGCCUCGAAAUCUGUGGCGCUGGAGUUUCGACCAUCACCUGUGCUCGCCACCUCACCAAGCAACAAGUCUAUGUCUGCCAGUUUCGGGAUGUUUUGGAGUUGCUAUCUCCAAGUGGCACCUUGAGUUGGGUUGCGCAGUGCAACCUGCGCAGAGAUGUGAACCGUAGGAUGCUGUUCAGUCAGUUGUCUCCACGACACCCCCUUCAGAACCUAGAUGUUCGACGUGAGCUCGGAGCCACGCAGCUCAGCAAACCGAUCACAAUCAUUGAGAGGCUCCCUGGCAAUGUGUCUUUACUUGACCACGUUUCUGCGUCCCUGCAGUGGGGUGUGCAAAAUAGAUCUGCAGCCCGUGAAGGUUUGACCUUUAUGUCGACAGGCGACUGCAACACGGGCAACCCGGGGCAUUGCCAGGCCGAUCAGGACAACUUGUUCAUCGUGCAGCACAUUUUGCCGAAGACUUUUAGCAGAGAGGAGACCAGAGUGGUCCUUUACAACGGCUUUGGCCGAUCGAGAUAUUCGGCUCAGAAGACAAGUCUGCCCCAUUUCUACGAGGACUGGCAGGCACUGUCCGCCGAGAUCGUUACCGCCUCCUACUCUGCAGAUUUUCCUUCCUUGAAGGUGAAGGCGGAGCCGUAUGUGCAGCUUGUGAGGUACCUGGUAUCUGGGCCUGCCGGAAUGACUGGGCCUCACUGGACCAGAUUCAACCAGCCGGGUCUCUGCGAGGGGCGGUCACCGCUACUUCUGGCUCAUCAGAUGGCAGCAUUGCCUUUUUUCGAGUCUGAAUGGGGGCGCGUCCCGAAACGCUAUGGUGAUGCCUGUAACUUUAUGCAGAGACUAUCGGCAGAAUACUCUUUGCACCUCUUCAACGGGAAGGCUUGCAAGAUCGAUGCAAGGCAAAGCAACUUCUACCUGUGGAUAUCGCGCAUACCCCCGGACUGCCACAAGAUUCCUUCGCUUGACGACAGCUGUGGGAAGAAUCGGGGUGUUGCAAACGGCCUGGAGCUUGCAACCGAACUGUCGAAGCGUUACGCAGAUACUACCAUUCUAUACGUGAACACGGGAACCAUUCCCUACCUCGACCAAGUGUUCCUGAUACGUGCGGCGAGCACCAUCAUUGCAGCGCACGGCGGCGGCUUGUGGAAUGCGGCACGCUGGCUGAACGAGGCGCUGCACCAGCGAAUCGUGGAGAUCAUGCCGAUAGGCGGGCCCUCCGAGAGCUGUUCUCUCACCAAGAUGUUUGGCUGCCGCUACAACUUCGUCACGUGCUACGACUGCGUAACUCCAAGGAAUGGGCGCCUGCCCUUCGAGAAGCUGUUGAAAGCUGUUGAGGCAACUGAAGGCGUCCACUGCAACGGGGUCUGA